AUGGAUCAGCAUAAACGCAACUCGCCAGUGUCGUUCCGGCUACGCAGACAGCCCAAUCAUGAAAGCAGCCGUGACAUUUUGAAUAACAGUAAGGAUACCACUACUAUGCGACGUUCCACAUCCAUGUCAAUAAGGUCGGCAGCGAGCAGCGACAGUGGGACCUUUACGGUUGAUUCCAGUGAACGACGGAGCACUAAAUCGUCUCGAGAUAUGUUGGCAACAAGCGAACACAAUAACUCUUCAGUGUUCAAGGCUCCCACGUUUAAUCCAAGAAUACAAGAACUUACCAUCAAUAAACUCAAAUAUGAUGCUGUCGGACUGGUUGGCCGAGACAAGGAGGUGAAGAUACUCGAAGAACGCUGCGAUCGAGCGCUAAACGAUACGAUAAAAGAAUUAAUCGUCAUCAAAGGAACGAGCGGACUGGGGAAGAGUUCACUUACAAAAACAGUCGAAGAACAAAUAUCAAGCAGCGACAAAGGAAUCGUUGGAAGGGGGAAAUUCAACCUAGAAAGUGGCACGCAGCCAUACUCUGGCCUGGUAGAUGCGUUGAAUCAGCUCUAUCGGGACGCAUUAAUCGCGACUGGGGAAACAGAACAAAUGAAGAAACAGCUAGCGUUGGAAUUAGGAGAUGACAGGACUCUUUUGGCGGCAUUGAUUCCAGCUUUAGAGACAUUGGCACCGGCAGAAUUCCUUUUGGCUCAAAGAAGUGUCCUCGUGCAAGAACUGUACAAUCCGGAUGCCGAGCAAGCCAAAUGGAAGAAUGCCUUCAAGGUUUUCAUUCGUGUAUUGUGCCAGCACUGUUCACACCUAGUCAUUAUUCUGGAUGAUUUGCAGUGGGCAGAUCGAUCAUCAUUGGGUGUCAUUGAAGAUUUGCUGUCGGAUCCAUUCAAUAAAGAAUCACUGAUGAUCAUUGGCACUGUUCGAUCGGACGCCAUUGAUUCGCUGGAUGCCCUGUCGACUGUGUUGCAAAAUCUGGAAAAGAAGAAAAAGAAGGGCCAAUUUGACUUGACCCAUAUAGAGCCAAAGAAUUUAGAUGUGGAUGGUGUACACGAAAUUAUCAUGGCAUUGUUGGGAAUGGACGACAAAGAUGCCACGCGGGGAUUGGCUCAGAUAUGUUUCAAGCGGACUGUUGGGAACCCAAACUUUGUGGUGCAGUUCAUUGCCAUGUUGGAAGAAGAACAAUUGAUAUCGUUUAAUUUGGGACUGCUAAAGUGGGUCUGGGACGACAGGGCGAUUGAAGAUGGGACCAUGUCUACGGCAAACGUAGUCGACUUGCUGCAACUUCGAAUGAAGAAACUGUCUUCGGAUAUGCGGUUGCUGAUGCAGUAUGCUGCCUGUCUUGGAUCAACAUUUGACCCAUCCGUCCUUGCUCUGUUAUGGGAAAAGCAUGGGUCAAGUACCAGAGGCGCGACAGAGGAGGACCCUACAAUGGCGCUACUUGCAAAACUCGAAGAAGGUAAUUUUAUAGAACGCGACGAAGACUACUACAGAUGGGUACACGACAAGGUUCAAGAAGCAGCCCUGGAAAUGGAAGAAAGCAGACGAUCAUCAUUCUAUUUUGAAGUUGGACUCGCUUUGCUCAACGAUCUUCCUGACGACAAGCUUGAACUCUUGCUGUUUGUCGUCACGAAUCUCAUCAACAAGUCGAAUGUUCAUGGACGUCUGGAAUUUGCGCAACUCAACCUGAGGGCGGCCGAGAAAGCGCAACGUCUGUCUGCAUUUUAUAAUGGGGCUGCAUACGCAACUAGGGCCAUCGAAAUGUUACCCAGCGGAAGGUGGAACGAGCAUCGCGAAUUGGCUCUGAACGCAUAUACCAUGGGGGCAGAGAUGGAAGUGGCAACUGGGAAUGUUGAUAUCGCCCAAGAGUACUGCAAUGUGAUUUUGAAUCGAGACGACUACACGGCAAUGGAAAAGUUCCGUUUGUACAUGGUGAAGACUAAUAUACUGUGUUUUGUGACAGUUAGAUAUCAAGAGGCCAUUGAUUUCAGCCUUGAGGUUCUGAAAGAGUUCGAUUGCAAACUUGUUCAGAGUCGCCUCCUCCUUCCAGUACAUGCGAUCCGAUCGGUACAAAGGACGAUAAAACUUGCGAAAAAGACCACCAAGGCAGACUACCAGGCUUUGAAGCCUUCCGAUAAUGUCAAACUUGAGGCAACCAUGACAAUAUUGGGACGAAUGACCUAUGCUUGUGUCCAGUCAGCGAGCCCGCUCCUUUUUGCUUUGGCGACGACAAAGUUGGUGACGACUACCUUAGAGCACGGUUUGUUUUCGUUCUCGGGAGCUGCCCAAUGUCUGUUGGGUAUGGUCAGCUUGGAGGCGUUCGGCGAUGUGGAAUCUGCGACUUACUUUGCCGAGACAGGCUCUUUGAUGCAAAAGUCCAUACUAUCGACACACUUUGUAGCUUCGACAGUGUUUAUAUCUCAUCAUCUUAUUUUACCAUGGUCGUCUCCAUUGGCCAGUUGUCGACCAAAGCUUAUUGACGGAUACACGGAAGGCAUGAGAACUGGCAAUCUUUCGGAUGGCAUUUGGUGCUUGAUGUCCCAUACUCUCUUCAUGCCAUUACGAAUGGGAAUGCGUUUGCAGACAAUCGAUGCCAAUAUGCAAAUGCAUCUUCGGGUAAUUGACGAUCUGAAACAAUCCAAUCACUCCGACUUCAUUCGACUUUUGUUGCAAACAGUGUUGGAUCUUAUGGGAGCCUCGGACCAAACGUCAAUGAUGAGCAUCAAUACCAUGUCUAGUCACGAGGGCGAUGCGAAAGCGAAGAAUUUGCCGGCUAUGAAGUCUCUUAGCAAUUAUAUUUCGAUGGUAUACUUUGGGGAUUAUGAGGAAGCAGCGAGGCUUUCUAUAGCAAAGGGAGGGGUCUUCCAGAAGUAUUUUAGAAUGGAUUCAAUGGGGGCGUACGAAUCAUUCUUGAGGGGAGUGGCGCUAUUCGCAAUGGCGAGGAAAACUAAGAAGCGAAGAUACCGCAAUCCUGCAGGUAAAAUCCUCAAGCAUAUCGCAAAGCUAAGAAAGCAAGGAAACCCAAACGUCCAACCGUAUUUUACACUACUAAGUGCAGAACAAGCAGCUUUGAACAAGGACACGGGACGGGCCAAGAAGUUGUAUCAGGAAACCAUCGUGUAUGCUGCCAAAACGGGACAACUGAAUCACGCUGCUCUCUCCAAUGAACGAUACUCUGACUUUUUGUUGAACGAGCUCCACGAUCAACAAGAAGCAAAGUAUCGAAUGGAUGAAGCUAUACGCUUCUACGAGGACUGGGGCGCGUAUGCCAAGGCUGAUGGGCUGAAAGAAUCAAGAAUUUUUUAA